AUGAGUGGCGUCCAAGGUUCUGACAGCGCCCACUAUAUUGCCAAUGGCACCAAUGGCGUAAAGCGCCGACGAGGGUCGACGGUUUUGAAUGCGAGAUGUCAUGUCAAGCAGGAGCUUUGGAAGCAGGCGCCGAUACUCAUUGGCAGUACUAACUUCGAACCUCUCCCUGACGCGAAGAAUAUCCUAAUUACUGGUGGAGCCGGCUUCAUUUGUGAGCUAGCUUGUUGGUUCGUGCGGCAUCUGGUCCUUACAUACCCACACUACAACGUAGUCUCGUUCGAUAAGCUCGACUACUGCGCAGCGCUCAACAACACGCGCAUCCUCGACGACCGACCAAACUUUGCAUUUGAACAAGGCGACAUCACCUCACCCGCAGAUGUAAAGCGCGUACUGCGAAAGCACAAGAUCGAAACCAUCUUUCACUUCGCAGCACAAUCGCACGUCGACCUCAGCUUUGGCAAUUCCUACGAGUUUACAAACACAAAUGUAUAUGGCACACAUGUCUUGCUUGAGCGAGCGAGGGAACAUGGUGUCAACAGGUUCAUACAUAUCUCGACGGACGAAGUAUACGGCGAUGUUCCUGUUGGAGCUGCAGAUUUGAGUGAGACAAGCAUACUGGCACCCACGAAUCCGUACUCUGCGAGUAAGGCUGCAGCGGAGAUGAUGGUCAGCGCGUACAGGAGUAGUUUCAAGCUGCCACUGAUUACUGUCCGUGCGAACAACGUGUACGGGCCGCAUCAGUUCCCCGAGAAAAUCAUUCCAAAAUUUAUCAUGCUGCUGCAACGAAGACAGAAGCUCCUCCUUCACGGUGACGGCUCGCCCACACGACGAUAUCUAUACGCAGGAGAUAUCGCAGAUGCACUCGACACCAUAUUACACAAGGGUCAAGUUGGUCAAAUCUACAACAUCGCCUCAAAGGACGAGAUUUCGAACGCCGACAUCUGUAGCAGGCUGCUAGAUGUCUUCGAAAUAUCCCACGACUCUUCUGCUGAGUUGUCCAAAUGGGUAGAGCAUACAGAAGACCGUCCAUUCAAUGAUCAGCGCUAUGCGACCGACGGGUCGAAGCUGGCUGCGUUGGGGUGGGAACCUAAGACUAGCUUUGACGAAGGUCUCAAGGUUACUGUGGAUUGGUAUCGGAGGUUUGGCGAGGUAUGGUGGGGAGAUAUCAGCCGGGUCCUAACAUCAUUCCCCGUGGUGGCAGGAAAUGAGAUAUGGACAAAAGAAGAACACGAAGACUUGCCCUCCUCCGAUGGGGAAAUCAUGCAUGAGGAGGAUAGCGCAAUCUGGACGACAUAG